AUACGGUAUAUAAUUUCCCUCUAUAUAUAACCCUCUACCAUGUGUUGUGUGGGUAUAUAUUGCCUCAGUGUCCUUUGACCUUUGCUUCACAUUUUGUACUAAAAAAAAAGUCACUUCCAAAUCUCACUGAAAUGCUCCGGGGCUGUUCUCGCCGGUGUCCGGCGUUCCUCGCUGUCACCGUAGUUAUUAUUCUCCUUUCUCUCCGCGAGGUGAUCGGAUGGCGUCCAUGGCCCCAUAACAACAGAACCAACGCUGCUCAUGAUUUAGAGUUCGGAGGCUCCAAGAAAUAUGAGGGCUCAUCCGAGUUCGUUCACUUAAAGUACCAUAUGGGACCGGUUCUCACCACCGACAUCACCGUCCACACAAUCUGGUACGGCGUUUGGGAGAGGAGCCAGAAGAAGAUCAUCCGUGGGUUCAUCAGCUCCAUCUCCGCAGUCAAUUCGAAGCACCCCUCUGUCUCGGGUUGGUGGAAGACGGUGCAGCUCUACACGGACCAGACCGGCGCCAAUAUUUCCCGUACGGUGCGUCUGGGUGCGGAGAAAAACGACCGGUUUUACUCGCACGGGAAGUCGCUCACGCGCUUGUCCAUACAGUCCGUGAUCAAGAGCGCCGUCACGGCCAAAACGAAACCUUUGCCGUUGAAUCCACAGGGUGGGCUUUACCUCCUACUCACAUCUUCCGACGUGCGCGUUCAGGAUUUCUGCGGGCAAGUAUGUGGGUUCCACUAUUUCACGUUCCCGUCCAUCGUCGGGUAUACGCUGCCGUACGCUUGGGUUGGGAACUCGGCGAAAAUGUGCCCGGGUGUGUGCGCUUACCCGUUUGCCGUACCAGAUUAUAUCCCGGGUCUAAAGCCAUUAAAGUCCCCGAACGGCGACAUCGGGGUAGACGGGAUGGUGAGCGUGAUCGCGCACGAGAUUGCCGAGCUGGCGACGAACCCGUUGGUGAAUGCCUGGUACGCCGGGCAGGACCCAAGCUUCCCGGUGGAGAUUGCUGACCUGUGCGAGGGCAUCUACGGUACCGGCGGUGGAGGCUCCUACACGGGUCAGCUCUUCAACGGCGCGGACGGCGCCACGUUUAAUAUGAACGGGAUCAGACGGCGGUUCUUGGUUCAGUGGGUAUGGAACCAUGUGGUAAACUACUGUACCGGUCCUAAUGCACUCGAUCAGUAAAAAAAAAUAUCUUUUUUUCUGUUUUGUGCAUUUGGGAAUUUCAAUUUUUUAUGGGUUUAUCUUUCUAUUUUAAUUUUGAUGAAGGCUUGUGUUUUUUCUUUUGCGAGUGAUUAGUCAAGGUAGUUUAAGUUUGUUCAUUAUGUAAUAAUUACAUAUAUACCGUCGUUGUAUACACAUUACAUUGGCGUUUCUUUCCA